UACAAGCACGCGCUGCGCGCACCACUCUGUUGGCACGGUUUGACUUCCACAGCGCAGACGCGUCAGCCUGAAGUUAGUAAACAAUGCAGAGUAUUUGUCAGUGAUUGGAGAAAAGGAUUUUGGCUUCACUGCGAUAAGAAUCCCGGCGCCUGCAGUCUCAGGACUGACCGUGAACGCGGCUAUAUUAUCCUCCACCUGCACGGAGCUGUUUGGGAGUUCUCGCUCUCUCGGUGUGUGGCUCAACUUUUUUGACGAAGACACGCACCAGGGACAUUAGGCCACUUUGGCACAGCGCGGAACAUCGAGCGCGUCAGGCACAGGAUCCAACAAGUGUCUCUCAGCUCCGGGAAGGAGAGAAAGCCCAUGAAAGCCCGAAAGUCGCAUGGAAAGUUCGCUUUGAAACAAACUUGUUUCUGUCGCGGGGUAUUUGACGUGAAUUAUACUUUGUUUUAAGUCACUGGAAGGUGAGGACUUUUUUUGUUCCUGUACAGCGUGUAGGAGUUUGCUGUCAGCAUGUGUGGACCGCUGAUUCUCCAGAUGUGGAUGGCUUUAUUGUUAGGGAUUAUGGCCGGAGUGAAGGCUCAGGUCACCACAGUCAAAGUUAUCAGAGGCAACGCAAGGAGAGACGACGUGUACCGCAGAGAGGAAAACAUCACGGUAACGCAGAUGGGUGGAGUCAUCCACAGCCCACGCUACCCUAACUAUUACCCCCGCAACCUGCUGUUGUCAUGGAAACUGCUGUCACCACCAGGGAGCUGCAUUCACCUGGAUUUUGAUGGGCACUUCGGCCUGGAGGAGGCUGAUAAUGGAGUGUGCAGGUAUGACUUUGUUGAGGUGGAGGGCCAAUCAGAGACGAGCACCAUCAUUUGGGGGCGCUGGUGUGGACAGAAAGCUCCACCAAGUCUCAACUCCAAAACCAACACGCUCAGAGUCACCUUCAAGUCUGAUGAUUACUUUGUUGCAAAGCCAGGAUUCAAAAUGUACUACACACUUCUGUAUGAUGCUCCUUUACCUGCAGCCCAAAACAACUGGGAAGCUGUCACUACGCUCAUGUCGGACAGUGCUCUAGGCCAGAUGCCAACUACAGUCACAGAAGUUCCAUUGUCACUGGAGGAUCUGGACCAGACCAUAGCUAAUUACGACACUAUAGAGCAGCUUCUCAAAUCUCUGAACCCAAACACCUGGAAACAGGACCUAGACAGCAUCUACACACAAACACACAUACAUUACAUGUCUAGGGCCUAUCAUCUGGCAAGCAGGCAUAAUAAAGUUGAUCUAAACAGACUUUAUGACGAUGUCAAGCGGUACAGCUGUACCCCACGCAACUACUCCAUCAACCUGCGCGAGGAGCUGAGGACCACCAAUGCAGUCUUCUUCCCUCGGUGUCUGCUGGUCAAACGCUGUGGAGGAAACUGUGGCUGUGGAACUAGUAACUGGAACAAUGGCUGCACCUGUCAGGCCUUGAAGACUGUGCCAAAACUUCACGAGGUGCUGAAGUACGCCCCAGAGGUCACUACGCAUCAGCACCAUCGGAGGCCACGGGUGCGUUGGAUCAUAGAUGAGAUCUUCCUCACGCACCAUGAAACAUGCGAGUGUUCAUGUCCAUCCCAGCCCCCUCGCUGAGACAAACAAUAGUGGCAUAUGCAUCUGGAACUGUUGGACAAGUUCUUCUUUUAGCUUUGUUUUUAUUUUACAACAGACUGCAUUUAUUAACAACACAGACAUGUGCAGUAAACAUGAAAAACCGUAUGACUGGCAACCGCAGCUCAUCAAACUGCCCACUCUCCUAACAGACGAUACUCCUCGCGUUUGCACGUUUCCAUAUUUUUCUUAUCAGCGCUUCUGCUACUUGGACUAUGCAUCUUGAAAAGCAAUUAAAACAACAUAUGUGCACCAUCACAACUGAAAAUAUCAGUCAGUCUUCUUCCUUCGCCAGAGUUGUCCUCCAAUAUAGUAACAGACAACCCAUUUGCUUUAAAAGUAGACCAUUAGAUCAGUUUGGAAUUCCUGUCUAUGUAUUUGUGUCUGUUAUAAUACCUGUUUCCAGAAACUUCUCCUGCCAGUAGCAUGCAGAGAUGAGUGUGAGACAGAAGGAGGGUUCCAGUUCUGAACUAUCUAACACAUGCAGAAACAGACUCUUACACAGACUGCCUCUGGGCUUUCAUUCUUUUUUACAGCCAAAAACUAGCAUUACUAUUGUAAUUGUAUACCGAAUUCUUUGCUGCUCUAUGUUCCAGUGAAAAACUUAUUUUCUUUGCACACAUUCCUUUUUAAAUAGUUUCAUGUGUCCCUUUGUCUGUACCGCCAUCUCUACCCGUCCCAUUCCUCUUUCCUCCUCAGUGACGGGUCGACACCCACACUGCUUUUCCGUUCAUCACUCCACACACACCAAAGGAUGUGACAGAUCUGGCUGCAUAUUUUUCUGAACAUUCCUGGCAUUCCAACAGCCUAACCGGAAUUCUGCUAACAUGGAUAAAACCACGAAUUUAAGACCUAAGAGACAUAACAGAGGAAAGACACUCAGGAAGAGAGAGGGAGUUGGGUUUUUCUGAAGAAGUGGCUGGCAGAAAACAGACAACCUGGCUGCCUAUUUCUACAUUACAAUCACUCCUGGAUGAGAGCUGAGAAGGGAACCCACUGCAGAAAAGAUGGCUGCCCCUUCAGUAACAUGCUGCUUUAUUUCUUUUUCAUGAACAUGCUCCUGUGCGUCACAAUCUGACCCCUUCAUUCUGCAUGUGUGAGGCAGCACUGCAGAAAAUCUGUGGGAAUUACAAUAAAGCUCCUGGUCAAUGCUGAAAAUACAGACAUACUGUACUGAGGGAGGAGGAGUUUAAGAGCUCAGGAAGAGGUCUUUUUGUUUUAAGGGGUAGAGGGGUUACCAACAGUCUGAAAGAGCUGGCAGCAGAUAGAAGUGUGGGAGUGGGCGGCGUGUGACUGUGCACACAGACUGUUUUGUCUGUGCGUAGGUAGCCAGAGGAUCAAAGCAAACAUUUCAGCUAAGUGCACUUUGUGAACGUUUUCAUUCACAUGAUCCAACUGUGAGAAAUAAAGGACGGUUAUCUGGUCACCUUCAAUGCCCGUGAACCCCAGCAUCACACACUUGGGGACAGGCUGAUCUUUUAUAGACACAAAUAUAACAAUUUGAUACUUAUUGCCUCAGUUAGAGCAAAACACUCUCCUCUGUGUGCUGUGGCAACUUUUUGUUUAUGUCUUUUCAGUACAUCAUAGGUCAGAUUGUGAUUAGGAAGCAUGUUGCUGUAAAUUUUAUAGUUAAUUCACCAACAACUAUAAUAGAUUUACUUUAAUGUAUUCAUUAUUAUGUACUUGAAUUCUUCAUGCAGUACUUUACAAUACUGUAUUUCAAAGUCAGAGAUGUAAAUAUGCUUGUUUUUUUUCCUUUUAACCAACUAAGGACACCUAAAAUCACAGAAACAUUUCAGUUUAUCAAACUUACAAUAAAAUAUAGUCCUUACUUUCAGCCUCCCUGUGAGAAUUUCAAUGAUUGUACUGCCGUAUAUCACACUGAGAAAAUACCCAUAAUGAAGCUGUAUGCUUUAUAUCAAUAAUUUAGUGUCUUUUACAGUUGUUUUAUUAAAAAUAUUAGCUUGUUUUGCUAUUUCCACACCAAAAUCUACUACUAUGCUGGACUGCACAUGGUUUUAUAUGAUGGCCUAUGGAGGGUAACAUAAAAUGUUAUCCAAUUUAAUAGAUAUCUGGGGCUGUGUCAAAUGUAAGAAUGUCAUACUAAUAAAAGUCA